UACUUCAUAUUGUUGCUGUGCAUCUUUCUUCUGGAGAUCAUUGCUGGAAUCCUGGCCUAUAUCUACUACCAGCAGCUGAGCAUGGAACUGAAGCAAAAUUUGAAGAACACCAUGACCCAGAAGUACCGGAAGGAGGGAGAAGAGAGUGUUACCAGCGCAGUAGACAAGCUGCAGCAGGAGUUCAAGUGCUGUGGGAGCAACAACUACACAGACUGGGCUGACAGCCUCUGGAUCAAGUCUUCAGCGGCCAGUGGACGGAAAGUCCCAGACAGCUGCUGUAAGACGAUAACCGACCACUGUGGCCGAAGAGACCAUCCUUCCAACAUCUACAAGGAGAGUGGUUGCAUUACCAAGCUGGAAAACUUCAUUCAAGAGCAUCUGAAAAUUAUUGGGGCAGUGGGGAUCAGCAUUGCUUGUGUGCAGAUCUUUGGGAUGAUUUUCACCUGCUGCUUGUACAAGAGUUUAAAGCCAGAACCAUAUUAAUAGCUGCGGGA